GUUGCCAGUGCCGUGAGAGAUAUUCAGUCAGUGUUGUGUGUGUUGGCGUGAUGGCACUAUCGUGCCCACGGCUUUCGUUGAAAAAGAAACUGAAACUCUCUUUGAUUAACUUGCAAUAAUAUUCGCGUUCGUUGUGUGUUCAUCGUCCGUUGUGAUUGUGUGUCGCCCAAAAAACCCACCGCUCAUAUUGCCAACAGCACAAGAUAGAAUUGAGGAGAAGUAAAACGGGAAAUCAUUUCAACCAAACGAGAAAUGAUGAUGAAGAAGACGUCAUGGCCGAUGCUGGUGCUACUACUCUGUUUAAUGAAAUCCGGCUGCUCCGGCCAGUCGGAUCCAUCGAGCCGGACGGAUGGAUCAGCGGCUGAUGGUGGGUCGUGGUGGCGGACAACUCCGUUCGCUUCACUUCCCGGGAUGACGACUCAGCAGGUGUUGCGCAGCAUCCUUCCACCCGACGUCAUCCCGUACACGCCAGUUAGUUCACCGGAAGAAACGGCUGGAUACAUCCGCGAUUACGUCUCCACAUUCAAGAUGCAAAGUCGCGGAAUGGAACAUCUUCAUACAUACACCAACAUGUUUAUGGCCUUGAUCAUGCCAAAACAUCUAGUCCCGCCCGGUAUUCAACUCAGCACUGAGCCAGAGCUGAUGCUGGACCAAGCCCAAAACAAGUGGCAAGUCAUUUUGAAACAUUACGCCGGAGUUGUAGCAGUAGCCGCAAUCGGACUGUUGCUGGCCGCCAUAAUCCCCAUCGCCGGUGUCUUCGUCUGCUGCUGCCGUUGCGCCGGUCGUUGCGGUGCUAAAGAAGAGCCAUUCGAGAAACGGGGUGACAAAUGCCAGCGAGUCAUUCUCGGUCUUUUCCUCGGCGUUUUGCUUCUUCUCGUCGCAUUCGGCAUCAUCUGCGCUUUUGUAUCCAAUGCCAACGCACAGGAUGGCGUCAACGCCUUGCCGACAGCUCUUCGCCACACUACUGAAGAUACAGCCACUUACUUUAAUCACACCCGAAAAGAGUACGUGACAUUGUUGACGACAAACUAUCGUGAAUUGGAAGCCGCCAUCGCCAAAGCACUCGACGACAGCGGGAGACUGGUGACUAACGAACUGAAGCACGUGUCCCGGGCCAUCGCUGUUGACAACUUGACGGCCAUCGUUUCCAAUUUGGCAGAGAUCCGGCAGAAUCUAGCAAACAUUGAACAAGAUACUGGAAUACUACAAGACAGGGCUAAUCAACUUCAGGACGGUUUGCUCGAGGUUAAAAGGCAGCUGAAGCAGCUGCUGGAUCGAUGCGCUUCCCAGCCCAUUUGUGCGAAUUUCCGGCAGCAGUACGAUCUCGACUCGCUUUCAGUCGAUCUUCAAUUUCAAGAGUUUGUCGAGAAUUAUUUGCCCAAGUUGCCGGAUGUGCAGAGGAUAGCGCGCAACAUUUCUCAAUUGAUCACUACCGGAGUGGAGAGUGAAGUCAAGCGGGGUCGUUCCGCCCUGGAGAGAAUCUCAAACGAUGUCCAGAGAGCCGUCGGAAGUACUCUACCCUCGUUCAAGCAACACUUACGAUCGGCCGGACAAAGUUUAGAGCGGAAUUCCGAGGACAUUUCCAUCCUGAUGGGUCGUGGUGUCGAGAUGGCCCGCAGUGAGUCCAUCCAAGAGUCUAUCAAUACUCUACAGAGCUACAUCGACCACUAUGGUCAAUAUCGGUUCUACAUCGAUAUCGGUAUAGCGAGUCUAGUGCUUUUGAUCACGCUCUGCUUCGCUUUUGGAUUGCUGUGCGGCUGUUGCGGCAAACGGCCUGUCGACCGAUACGACGACGACUUCGGGACCCGGGCCACUGGUGCCUCUUGUUUGAUGUCGGGUGUUGGAUUGGUGUUUAUGACCUCGUUUGUUCUUUUGGUCCUGACCGUCGUUCACUUCCUGGUCGGUGUCUUUGGCCAAAAUCUAUCGUGCGAGGUACUGACCCGUUUAGGAACGGGAGAGGAGCCCCAACAGCGUGAGCUGUAUGAUUUUAUCGACCGCAACAUACCUCUCACGGCACUCAACCCACACGGCGUAGUCAAGGACGACCUCGUCACCGUCUCCAAUAUCGUCAAGGAGUGCCACCAGAAUAAGACACUUUACCAAAUGUUGAAGCUGGAACGCGUGCUGAACGUUUCUUCGCUGGGCGACCCGUCGCGUCGCUUGAACAUCGAGUCUGAAGUCCGCCGCCUUACCAGCAACAUUCGAUUUAAUGGAGUCAACUUGUUGUCCGUCGAAGCCAAACAGCAAUUGAGAGAUUUCGCCGCCUCAGACUUGAUGCGCGUCAACUUUACGGCCUAUUCGAUCCUUUUGGAACAGAACAUCACGUCGGUCAACCUCCAGGAAAUGGCGGCCAUUCUGAACAACACGGCCGUUCAAGUACAGCAAUUCGAACCGAAUGCUGCCAAUACUCUAUGGGACAAUGCCAUCUUCCUGUCGCGACUACAAAAGUCUGAAUUGAUUCCGAUGAAAGAAGCAGCCCAGCGACUGCGCAAGGCGGCCGCCAAUUUGGAAGAACGUGUCCGCUUCAAUCAAUCUAGCUUGUCGGAGGCUAUUGAAAUGCUAAUUGGCCAGGCUGAAUCCGCGCAGACCUUCCUCGAGAAUAAAGGACCCGAGCAAUUGUCUAAGUUGGCGGUUGAAUUUGCCAAAGAGUGCGAGCGACUCAUCGACCAAUACGUCCAGCGGGUUACCGACCACGUCCUCUUUAAAGUCGGCAAAUGUUGGCCGCUCUCGCAGGCCUACAAUACUACAUCAGCCGUGAUCUGCCAACAAAUCUUCUGGCCUUUUAAUGGAUUCUGGGCCAGCGUUGGAUGGUGCUGCCUCUUGUUUCUACCCUGCGUCGUUUUGGCUAUGGUGCUGGCCUCCCUCUACAGGAAGACGGAUCCUUAUCCGGGUUCGAUUGUCGAGAGAGAGUACUUGUAUGAUGCUUAUGCCGACCGGGACAACAUUCCAUUGGCCUUAAACAAUCGAGAUCGUAGAGGCAUCCCAGUCCCGAGCAACACCCGAUCGGGUCACGCAUACGGCCACGUUUACGGAGGCGCUUACGAAGACGAUUACAGCAUUUCGCAGCAUCAGGCCAGGACGGGUAACGGGAGUGCCAGCAAUCGUAUCGGCGUCACUUCAUCGGCUUCGAGUGGUGGCGGCGGAGUGAACUCUUCAACGGCCGUAGUGGCCCCGUCGGAACGCAAUGGAAAGACACCCGGCCGCUUUCAAGAUCCAGCUCCAAGAGCCUGGGGCGACGGAAGUGUUCCCCGUUACGUGGCAUCUCCCACUCACGCCACUGCUGCUGCCGCUACUGCCACAUCGCCGUCCGCUGGAACUCCGGGAGGCGGAACCCCGUCCGCUCCAUCCGCCGCCGACUACGAGAGACCUCCGCCGUAUUACUAUCCAGGACCAGCCGAUAAGUGAAAAGCUUUGAUGAUCUCGUCCUCGAUUCCAUCAACGUCCCGAAUGACGUCUAGCUCCUCCAUUCUCCCUCCCGGCUGCUGCUUCCAUUUCGAGUUGUUGUUUUUCGUCGCUGGAUUGAUGACGGAGGGGAAGCGGAAGUACUGAUUGUUUUCCUCCACUUGUUCUUUUUUCCAUUUCGCGUGUCGUCGUGUUGCCGCGCAUCUGCGCGCGCACACAGACGCCAAAUGUUGUGUGUGUGUGUGCGAGUGUGUAUACAAUCCUCGGCGGAGCGAUCGCGCGUGUGUAUGUAAGAGUGAACGUGUUUGUACAUUAUUCAUGAGUUUCAGAGUUUCAUCUCUCCUCUCAUCUCUUCAACAAAACAACAAAAAAAGUCCCGACUUGCACAUGGAUGCACUCCUCGCCCCCGGCCCCCUCCCCCUUUUAUGUGAUUUUUCUUGGCAAUUUGUCUCUUUAAACGUGUGAUGACAUGUGCAUUUGCUCCUACUUUAUAUGUGUAUAACAGGAUAUAAAGGCGUGUUUGAGCAUUCGAAACACGUACGUUUCUCUCUUGUCUCUGGUUGAACUCCCUGUCUAUCUUUUUGGGUGGGGACUUGGGCCGCUGUUUCAAACUUUUUCUUCUUCGUCGUCGUCAUCAGACCAAAGCCCAGUAUAGUAAGGGAUUUUCAAUUCUUCCCUUUCUCUCUCUUACUUACUCACGGUUCGGUACUUUUGAUGAGCAAUUGAGGAGGAAGCAAAAAGUCUUUGUUGUUGUUGUUGUUGUUGAUGAAAUCUCUCUCUCUUUAUAAUAUGAUUCAAUCAAUACUUUUUCAAUACCUUCUCAAACCAAACAGAAAAGAGUCAAUCUCUUUUGUUGUUUUUUAAAGCUCGGAGUAAUCGAAUCUCGAUAAGUGUUUAUUCGUUUUCUUAUUCCCUCGUAAAAAAAGAAAUUUUGGAGAAAAAAUGCCAUUCAAUUAUUGAGGGGAGGAAACUAAAUUUUUGAUUGUUUGUUAUACAUGUCACCCGUUCCAUAUUUCUUCGUCUAUCCGCUGUCAUUAAUUGAAUCUUCCCCUCCUUUUUUUGUAUUAUGUAUAACAACACACAAAAGCUGCUGCUGCUGCUGGCGAACUUUUGAGAAUUUCCGUCUCUUUUCACAGCUGGGACGGGCUGAAAAAUUCAAAUUUUUUGUUUUAAACAUAAAACUACGAUUUCAUUCGUGUUUCUUUUUUUUCCCCCUUUUCUCCCCUGAUUUUUGGCCGUCUUUUGAAUUGUAAAAUGACUCCCGCGGAAUCUCGUCAUUUAAGAGAAUCAUUCGCUCUUUGAUGUCUUUAACCUCCCCCGCCACCCACCAUUAAUGGUGUCGUCUACUUAGUUGAAAACAAAAUUAAAAUAAAGAAAUACACCCAUUUCAAAGUGUU